AUGGAGAACCAGACAUUAAACGAGGACAUCCUGCUCCUGGAGGGGUUAACCAUCUCCCCCCAGUCCAACAUUCCUGCUUUCACCAUCCUCCUCCUCAUCUACGUCUUUGCAUUGGUGUCAAACAUCAGUUUGGUCACGCUGAUCUUCACAAGCAGGAGCCUCCAUCAGCCCAUGUAUCUGCUCUUCUGCAACAUGAGCAUCAAUGACAUUUUUGGGGCAACGAUUGUCACGCCGCACGUACUCCGAGAUAUUUUCAUUCCAUAUUCAGAGCGGUACAUUCGUUACGUCCACUGUGCCGUCCAGGCCUUAUGUGUUCACUUCUACGCGGCCACCACUCAUACUGUUCUGAUUAUCAUGGCUUUCGAUCGCUACAUGGCCAUCUGCAACCCGCUGCGGUACGCCUCCGUCAUGACCAAAGGGAUGGUGGUGAAGCUGUCGGUGUUGGCGUGGACGGUGUCAUUGUUGAUUGCGUCGACGCUCGUAGGCCUCAGCAUCCGUUUGUCACGCUGCAGGCGGGUUAUACCUAACCCGUUCUGCGACAACGCCUCCUUGUUCAACCUCUCCUGUGAAAACGUUACUGUCAACAACAUUGUCGGCAUCGGCUACACGGUGCUCCUGCUCGGCUUCUCUGUCUGCAGCAUCUCAAUCACUUACCUGAAUAUUGCAGUGGUGUGUGUGCGCAGUAAGAACAAAGCUCUGAACAGCAAAGCGCUGCAGACCUGUUCCACCCACCUGGCCGUGUACGUCUUCCUGCUGGUGUCAGCCGCUGUCAUCAUCGCCCUGCACCGAUUCCCUCGGACGGCGGACUACAGGAAAGUGGUGUCGGUGUUAUGCGAAGCAACUCUGCCGGCGUUCAACGCCAUUAUCUACGGACUGCAAAUUAAAGAGAUCAAGCAGAGGAUCAUCACUUUGUUUCGCAACAGUAAAGGGGAUGGAAAUAAAUGA